AUGCAAAUAAACCAACUGGGAGAGCUAAACGGAGCGCUGCAGCGGAAAACAAACGAGUGUAUGCGGGUAUACACCGUUCGACACGCUCGGUCGUGGUCAACGCUGGACAUAUCCCGCGAGCUCCUCGAUCACCUAAUAGCCAGCCACCAGGUCUUCACUGAGCUAUGGAGGGUUCUUCUAACAUUUGGACUGAAGGAGCGUGAGAACGAGUACGGAUUUCCAAUACCGCAAGUGAGAGACCUAGAGUUGGCCUAUGUUCUUCGACGGGUCGAGCCGAACGGGAGGUGCUCGCCGCACUUUCCCUGGUCUAUUCGUCAAACGGGCGUAUAUCAGAAACUGAUACAGAAGCAAGAGAGGUGUCAAGAUACCGGUUCUGUUUUUCUGCUGAUAGCGCCAUCUCCCACAGCUGAGAGCCAGACAGUCCAGAGCUUGCACGGAAGGGCUCUAACUAGUCUAGAUGCUGCCUUCUCAGUCCAUAGAUGGUUUGUGGCCGAAAGCAUGGCAGGGUGGAUGGAUUACAUGUGCUGGCUGGAAGAUCAGCUGAAGAUAAUGUCGGCUCGUAUAAUGCCGGGACAAAUACUCGAUGGAUCCGGAACCAGGCCUAUAGCAACCCACCUGGAGAACGACAUGUAUGAACUGAAACAACUCGAGGAUAGCAUCAUGGAUCUGCUUGUGAUUCUGCCUACCAAAUUGCAGACUAUGCGUUGUUUGGCGAAGAGAUAUCAAGAACUCUGCUCGAGAUUCUGCGUCCCGCCAGGUGCUUGUGCUUGUCGCAAGGGAAUCCAAGGAUUUGAAGAAUACUCCGCGGAGGCCCUGAAUUACCAAAAGCGAGCGAAGGUGCUGCAGACCCGUGUACAGUCGAUCCUGAGCCUACUGUCCGACCUCGUUGAGUACGAGGAGCUGCGCACCUUGAAAGAGCUAGGAGCAGCAUCAAAUCAAGAAAGCACUACCAUCAAAGAUCUUAUGAUGUUCAACUCGACUAAACAGACCAGCAACAACCGGGGUGCCAGGGCGAUGGAACAGAUGGCCAUCAUCGGGCUAGUAUUCAUUCCCAUAACACUGGUGGAGAAUUUCUUUUCGACGGAGUUUGUCAAGGAUGACGGAGGGAGAAUGCAAGUGUCGAAGAACGCCUGGAGCAUCGCGGCGGUGGCUGUGCCGUUGACACUCUUUGUGUUUGCAUUUUGGCAACUCUGGCUGCGAUACGAACUGCAGCUUCAACCGACAGCCAUCGGGGGAGCCUUGCGGAGCAUGUUCAGACGCAGGCGAGCGAAGGAGGAGGAUGCGGUUUGA